AUGCUAAAUGAGAAGAUUGAUUCGAAUCAUUUGCUUGAUUUCCUAAGAAAUUGUCUCGUACAAUCUCAUCCUCCAAAGCCACCCAAUAAAAUAGGUAAAUAUCAAGCCUUACGUUGUGCAACAAAGCCCCACGAGGCGGGAGGAACGUUUAAGAAGGGAGAAAGCGAGAACUUGUUUGACGUGAAAUUUGAAAGUGGUGUUUUGGAAAUCCCAUAUUUUUCUGUUAAUUUUCAUACAGAAUGUAUUUUACAAAAUCUAAUUGCCCUUGAGUUGUGUGAUAUUGAUCCUGCAAUUAGUGAUUAUAUCACCUUCUGGGAUGCCCUCAUUGACUCUCCAGAGGACGUUGAUUUACUUAAUCGCAGCGGAAUCAUCUAUCAAAGAGGGGACAUCAAAGAUGUGUGUAAUAUGUUCAACAAACUCGGCAAAGAAGUUGCUAUCGACCAUGAGAAGUACUAUUUUGCUAGAAUUCAUGAACAACUGAAUGGAUACUGCAAGAUUCCUUGGAACAAAUGGAUGGCGACCUUGAAACGAGAUUAUUUUGGGACUCCAUGGGCAACACUAUCUAUCGGCAUAGCUGCUAUUCUUCUCCUGCUCACAUUCAUACAAGCAGUGUGUUCUAUCAUCUCUGUGACUUGA